AUGACCAUUAGUGAUCAUGUCCGGGGAAUAUCUGAGGGAGGGAGUCUUGGCCGCCCAUCAGUGCUGACGGCGGCAGUUGAAGAAGAGAUAGCCGACAAAAUAAAGGCUGCAGCGCUGACAGGGUGGCAACAUUUCCCCUAUGGCGAUAGUCAAGGGAAGACCCCAAAAUGCCUUCAGGCUUACAAUACUCCGGCUGGAGUGCCUGGCACGGCCUACACAUACCAGAGUCGUGCAUGGAUGGAGGACGCUCUGGGUGAAGGAUGGUUUGAGGCCCACUUCCUGAAACACUGUGGACCUGAGAGGCCUCAACUUAUCGUCCUGGACAGCCACAGUUCGCACGAAACACUUGGGCUUCUGGAGAAGGCAAAGGCAAAUGAUGUAACCAUCCUAGCUUUUCCUCCCCACACAACACAGUGGCUUUGUCCUCUGGACAAAUCAGUAUUUGGCCCACUAAGCUGGGAGUGGAACAGGGUAUGCAGUGAAUUCAUGGUGCAAAGUCCAAAUAACCUGGUGACCAAAUGGGAAUGGCCCCAUUUGUUCAAACAAGCGUACAGUGUGGCUUUCACGCCCUCAAAUGUUUGCAGUGGAUUCCGUAAAUGUGGGAUAUUCCCUGUAAACAGGAAUUCAAUUCCAGAUAAGGCUUUUGUCCCUAGCAAACCAUUUGAUAUCAGCUUGGAUUCAUCUAGAGAAGGGGGAGUUGCUGAUGUUCCUGUUGUUGUUGAAGCUGACAAUCCGGUGACUUCUGAUACUGUCACACCUGAUGCCGGAGUGUCUGCUACGCCAAUAGCUGGGACAUCAGUGGUUCCAUCUACAACUGAAGCAGUGUUACCAGAGGGCGCAUCUCUCCUGUCUGACACUGACUUCAUCUUGUCUGUUUUGACAGGUGACACUCCCUGUUCUUUUGAUGAAUCCGGCAACUUAGUUGUUGAAAUGGCUACAGUCUCCGAGGCUGCUGCAAUGGACGCUAUCAAGUCCGAGUUUUCCCUUCCAGCUCCUGUAACAAAACAAAGUUUGAAAUCAAAUCCACGGAAGCUGACUUCCCACCGCAUAUUCACGAGCGAUGAGAUCAUUAAGAUGAAGGUAGAAAAGAGAGAUGAGAAAGAGAAACUAGAAAGAGAAAAACAAGCGCGUCUGGAAGCCAGGCAAUAUCGGCAGAAGGGUGGGAAGUCAGCUUCCAAAUCUAAUGUAAAUACCUAA